CAGUAUACCUACCCUGUUUAGCUAUGAAAUAACGUGUGUCAAUAGUUUUUUUUAUUUGAAGAUGUUUCAGCUACUACUGUUGUGCCUGGCGUGCGCGGCGUUAUCAUGGGCAGAACUGACUCCCACUACCCGCAUCGUGGAGCCUCCGCUAAGAGUAGACUUGCAACCUCCAGAAGAGUACCAGAAUCUCCCCACCAGGAAUGUCAACACACUUUGGAUAACCAUGCCCACCGACCACUUCGACCCUCAGAAUCCGGACACUUUUAAAAUGCGUUUCAUGAUAAACGAGCAAUUUUUCGGCGGUGAUGGCUCCCCGAUUUUCAUCAUGGUUGGAGGGGAAUGGACUAUUGCUACAGGCUGGCUUUUAACUGGUAACAUGUUCGAGAUGGCCCGGGAGAACAACGGGUAUUUGGUGUACACUGAACAUCGGUACUAUGGGCAGACGCUACCGUACGAAGAAUUUACAGCAGAGACGUUACGCUUCCUGAACGUGGACCAGGCGUUGGCAGAUCUCGCUUACUUCAUCCACGAGAUGAAAAAGCAACCGAGGUUCGCGAACAGCAAAGUGAUCCUGUAUGGAGGCUCGUAUGCCGGCAAUAUGGCGCUGUGGUUUAAACAGAGAUACCCGCACCUUGUUGAGGGGGUGGUAGCGUCCAGCGGACCUAUCAAAGGACAAGUCGACUUCACGGGAUACUUGGAGACAGUUCACGAUGCGUUCCUCUCGGAGGGUGGCCAGCAGUGCAUUAACAUCAUCAAGCAAGGCAUCGACGACACCAUGGCAGCUAUGCAGAGCGAAUCGGGCAGGAGACAAAUGGAGUCCGCUUACAGACUGUGUGGACCGCUCGAUUACGACCAUCCCUACGAACUGGGCUACUUCUCUGGGCUCAUCUCUUGGACAUUCUCCUCAUCUGUGCAGACAGCCAGACCUGGCAACCUCCUGGCCAUUUGCAACGCCUUCACAACUGAUUUCUUCGGUGUGACGCCCAUGCAGAAGAUCGGUGGAUACGUCGCCUUCACUCGCCAGCUCAACCCCACUAGCUGCUGGGGCUUAAGCUACGAUGCCUACGUAGACAACUACAGAAACCCGUCGGCACUAACGAUGAAUUCCAAGGCGUGGUACUACCAAACUUGUACAGAGUACGGAUACUACCAGACGGCGCCCCGCAUUGGCACAGCAUUCGACAGCUUGAUCUACCUAUCCGUGGAUUUCUACGUCGACCUGUGCAAACAAGUCUUCGAUCCCAGAUUCGACGAGGCGUUCGUGCGCGACGCAGUGGAUCGCGUGAACCUGAUCUUCGGCGGACUGGAGCCCUCGGUGAACAACACUAUAAACAUACACGGCAUUGUAGACCCGUGGCACGCACUCGGCGUACACGACCGGGAUCUGUCAGAGACCUCGCCUACUAUCACCGUGCCUAGAGCGUCUCAUUGUUUUGACAUGCAGUCGUGGCUGACUACCGACACGAUUCUCAUGACGCAAGCGCAGCAGAGGGCACGCAGACUCGUUGCAGACUGGCUUAGACCUUAAAUUGUAUUAUACAUAGCUUUUAUAAAGCCUGACCAGAAUGUAAGCGAUCACAGUGCACUCAUGAUUUUUAUAUCUCGUCAGGCUUUACAAUAUCAGGACAUUAUAAAAAAAUAAAAGAAACAUUUUGUUCCCGAUAAUGUGGCGGGAGAACACGA